AAUUUAAUCCUCCUUUUGGCUGUUGCCUCUAUCUCAUAGCUUGCGAGAAAGUCCCAUGCUACCGCACUCGCGACACUCCCCUCCUUCCUCUCUGCCUUAUUCCUCUGGCAGAUCGCGAUAGAGCAUUAGCUGCAGGCCCCGGUCAUGUCGAGAUAGCGCUAAAUCACGCCAAUUUUUUUUUCACCACGCCCGGUCGCUUUAGCACCCACGCGACCGUUAGUCGAAUCCGUGCAUUCAAAGAUCGGUUUAAAAUCUACCGGGUUCCCCUAGACCAGGUCGUUCCGUCGACACUAUCAUGCUCACUCACGGCCUCUCCUCUGCAGGAUGAAGUUCGCCAAUGGCUGAUCUCCCGACGAUUGACAGAGAAUUGGAGCACGAGCUGGUUCCAGAGUGGCGGGCCAAAUAUUUAGACUACAAGACUGGGAAAAAGAAAGUCAAAGCAAUCGCGCGCGCCAUCCAAAAAGCCAAUCGCACUCCCAACCACUCUUCUAUUCGGCGUCCCCCACCUGGACAAGGCGAUCAAUCGGAUACACCACUUGGUUCGAACCGCUCCGCAUCAUUUCGUCGAGCAGAAAAACAAAUCGAGGGGUCCGAUGGAGAGUACAAUCUCACAGUGAAGAGCCCCAGCCUUACUUCGCGGUCAACACCUGGUCAACGACAUGAGCGGCAACCCCUACGCGUUCCUGGAUCGCGAUUUUCUGCCGUUGUUGGAAGCUAUGGAAGCAUACUUGCAUCCCCACCGCAGCAUCCGGGGACAUCAGACGCAGCUUCACUCGAGUUACCUGACCCAGCAAUAGAUUAUCACGAUGAUGCUCGUUCCCCGGAAAGACAUACGGAUUCUCGAAUUGCUCCUAAGACGCCGUCUCCUGUCAUGUCGCGACAGGGCACCAGUAGGGCUGUUUUCAAAGAUCCGACAUAUCACAGCCCCCCGGCAAAACAGCAUGUUGCGCCAAGUGGUGAAUCCAAGAAAAGCGUGGCUUCAGGUUCUUCUAGUCGCCGGAAUUCCCGUCUUUUGAAGCGCGUUCUAUCGACAACCGAAUCAGCAGAGAAGCUUGCAGAGACUGAGCAACGCACCGAAGUCGAGCGCAAACAAGAUGAGUUCUUCGCUUUUCUCGACGGCGAAUUGGCAAAGAUUGAAUCAUUCUAUCAAAUGAAAGAACAAGAAGCUACUGCUCGUUUAAAGGUGCUGCGGGAGCAAUUGCAUACCAUGAGAGAUCAGCGGAUACAAGAGGUUCUGCAUGCGAGGAGAUAUCGAAAUCGAGAUGCUGAACCCAAACCGACUGAAACCCUGGGUGCAUUUAACGGUCGCCUUUUUAAAGAUGCCUUUACGGGGCGCCGCAUUGGAAAGAACUCUAAGGCCCUGGCGGCCUUGGCUACACCAAGAGGCGGGCAAGCACAGGAUUCUGAUAGCAUCGUUAGGCGGAGGGAUUUCACACGUCAGCCGCCAGAACCGCAGCAACAACCAAAGUCCGAAGUCCCAUAUCGAUCUGCAAAGAGGAAAUUGAAAUAUGCGCUGCAAGAGUUCUACCGAGGCGUAGAGCUUCUGAAGGCUUAUGCCUAUCUUAAUAGGACUGCCUUUCGGAAAAUAAAUAAGAAGUAUGAUAAGGUUGUCGAUACACGCCCGUCAAUGAGGUAUAUGGGCGACAAAGUCAACAGAGCUUGGUUCGUGCAAAGCGAGGUGACCGAAAAUCUGUUGGCCACUGCGGAAGACCUGUAUGCUCGCUAUUUUGAGGGCGGCAAACGCAAGAUUGCAGCGUCGAAACUGCGCCAUACUAUCAGAAAAUCCGGUGAUUACUCACCACAUACUUUUCGCUGUGGUCUGCUUGCGAUGGCUGGUAUUCUAUUUGGAAUUCAAAGUCUUAUUUACGCGAGUCAGCACCUUCGGGACGAGGACGCUACGAUACGUACUCAUACAAGUUAUUUACUUCAGGUUAGUUUACAGAUGUCGACCUUGUCUACCGAAACUAAUAUACUUACCACAACCAGAUUUACGGAGGAUACUUUUUGGUUGUUUUCCAUUUUUUGCUAUUUUGUUUAGAUUGCAUGGUCUGGGAUAGGACCAAGAUAAACUAUGUUUUUGUUUUUGAAUACGAUACUAGACAUGCUCUGGACUGGCGCCAG